CGUCAGCCUGUAGCCUUAGAUCUAACUCCAUAGCUAAUCGUCUUUUUCAGGAUGAAAACCAUCCUCUUCUUUGUGGUCCUUUUGGGGAGUGUCUUGUACGCUUCCCCUCUAAGCAACAAGUCGGAAUUCCAUGAGGUUAGAGACAAAAUAAAAAAGGAGGUCCGGGCAAACGUCGCCAAGCUUAUUGGUGAGCUGAAUGCGGCGUUGGACAAACACAUUGCGAUUGCCGACGACAAGUCAAAGAGUCUCGACGAAAAGGUCAACGCUCUUUUAGAGCUAAGACAGGAGAACCCAAAGGUGUACCACGUUUUGUGGACAAUGUUUGAGAAAUUCAUUCCUCCCAGAUUUUUCUAUAAGAGAUAUGAGGACCUCAAUGAAAACGAAAAGGCAGAAAUAGAUGAAGCGAAAAAGGAAGUGCGAGCGAAAAUCAGAAAGGUUACUGGUGAACUGAGUGCAGAGUUGGAUAAGAGCAAUGCAAUUCUCGAUGACGAAUCAAAGACUCGCAAAGAAAAGAACAAGGCUCUUUGGAAGCUAAGAAAGGAGAACCCAGUGGCGAACGACGUUUUGGAUGUCAUCUUUGCGCAAUUCCUUUCAAAACAUAGACUCUAUGAAAAAUUAGAAUUUUUGCUGUCAAAGCAACUAAAGGACACCGAGAAAGCGAGAUGGGAAAGGAUGAUAAAAGAAGUUCGACCGCACUUCACCAAGCUUAUUGAUGACCUGAAAGCGGCGAUGGACAAACAAAUCGCAAUUGUUGAUGACAAGUCGAAGACGUUCAAAGAGAAGGCCAGGGCUUUUCGGGUGCUAAGGAAAGAGAAUCCGAAGGUGUACAACGUUUUGCGGGCCAUCUACGAGCAAUUUACUCCAAAGUUUAGACAUCUCGGUAAGGUAUUUAGGAAGCUCAAUGAUACCGAAAAGGAGAAAGUAAGUGAAGGGCUAAAGAAAGUCCGGGCAAAUGUCACUAAGCUUAUUGGUGAAGUUAGCACAGUGUUUGAUAAAGGGAUCGCAAUUCUCGACGACAAGUCAAAGACUCCAAAGGAAAAGAUGAAUGCUCUUUGGGAGCUAAGUAAGGAAAAUCCAAAGGCAAACGACAUUUUGCAUGUUGCCGCUGAGCAAUUCAUUCCAAAACCGAGGCUCUAAAGCAACGAAACGCUUCAUUCUUCCGUGUUCAAGCAUCUUCUAAUAAAUAUACACAUGCUAGUUGUCUAUAACCAAAAGGUAGCAACC